CAAGAAGCAUUGCAAGGCAUGCAUGCAGCGGCGAACUCUAGGCCGUCCUUCUCUAUCCCAUGGAGCGAAUUUGGAACACAUCGCCGACGCUGCAUACUAAGCAGACAGCCGGCGUCGACUCCACAGGAAGUUGCGCACCAGCCUCCGUCGCGUUGCAAGACCCCGAAUUGCAGCAGAUCCGGCUCCGAUACAGACUUGCGACGCCGACCUUCGCGACACUCUGCACCAUCUCCAAGGCCCCGGACCGCGGACAAGUGUUGCAGAAGGCUUGCCUGGCCACCGAGCUCCGUUCAUUCCCUCUUCGCCGAGGAGAGAAGGGCCUCUUUCGAGAAGUCAAUGAUCAUCUCCCUAUCCCGUACCCCAUCAAGGAGAACCUGUCGGAGCCAUGGCACAAGGCCUUCUUGUUGGUGCAACUUCGCCUUCAGUGUAUUCCCUGGCCCAACAAGUUGGCUGUCGAGGCAAGGCACCAACUAUACGGUGAGCGGAAGCGCAUGGACUCAAUAAUCGAAACCGCACUGCGCUGCAUUGUUGACAUACUCGGUUCCCGUCGGGAUGGGCGAGGCGUCGGGGUCGCUCUCGACGUCCUCCGAAGCGUUAUGGCUGGCGUCUGGGAGGGCAGCGACAAUGAGCUUCUCCAGAUCGAGGGAAUAGGGCCGCAGAGAAAGGAGAGGCUUAUCGAGGCCAACGUAAAGACUGUCAAGGAGCUGACCAGGCUCGACUUUUGGCACAUCGAGCGGCUCUUGAGCCGCAAUCCCCCAUUUGGUCAGCAGAUGCUGCACAAACUCGCUGGCUUCCCCCUUUUGACGCUGCAGGUUGAACUUGUGCAAAACAGUUCAAGGCCUCAGGUUGAACCAGUUCUUGACCAUGGAUGUGGUCUCAGGCCUCCGUCAAGAGCGGCGUGGAUCGCAAGAAUGACGUUGAACUACGAAAAUAAGGCACCGCCAUCGUGGGGCAAGAACACACCGUGGACGACGGUCAUGAUCGAAGGUGACGACGGAAGGCUCAUGUACUUCUGGCGGGGUAGCGUCAAGCGUUUAACUGGCGGCAAGGAGCUUAUCACGAGCUUGGACCCGAAGAAGAGAGAAGAGCUGAAGGUCACAUUUGCGUGCGAAGGUAUCGUGGGCACAAUCGUCCGAAUGACACACCAAGUCUGAGUAUGGCCAAAUUGGUGGGCCGGUUAGUUUGAAGUUGGGAUGAACCAAUUAUUUGCGA